CGAUGCGGAGCGGCCCGGCCGAGGGGAGAAUGGCGGUUGUUGGAGGCACCGGACUUUUUCGGUUCCUGUUGAAAGCCACUGUGACCGGGCGCAGCGGGUGCUGCCGAGUGCGGUCGUACAUUUCUAGGCCCGGGGUGAGAGCGCAGGUUUUGGGAGGUGGUAAAAAUUUAGGAAGAGGACUAACUUUGUCAUUAAUGACCUUUCUGGGUUACGACGUUUGCAGAAACAUUCCAGGAUUUCUCAUAGUUCAUGCUGAUGAAAAAGUGGAAGAAAUUAUAGACCAUGCUGACUAUCUCUAUGGCACUGGAGAAGUGGAAAAACUUUAUCACCUCCUUAUUGAACACAAGAGCAGUACAAAUGAUGAGCUACUGUGGCGCCUAGCACGUGCGUCAAGAGAUUUGGCACAGCUGGAAAGCACUUCAGUGGAAAGGAAGAAACAGCUGACAUAUGAGGCUUUGGAGUUUGCUGAAAAAGCGCUGGAGAAAAAUGAAUUGAGCUUUGCUGCUCAUAAGUGGUAUGCUAUUUGUAUCAGUGAUGUUGGAGACUACGAGGGUAUCAAGACUAAAAUUUCGAAUGCAUAUGUCAUUAAAGAACAUUUCCAGAAAGCUAUUGAGCUUAAUCCCAAAGAUGCAACAUCGAUUCAUUUAAUGGGACUAUGGUGUUUUACAUUUGCAGAAUUGCCCUGGGUCCAACAGAAAAUAGCUGUGAUGUUCUUUGCCACACCACCAAGCUCCUCUUAUGAAGAGGCACUCCAAUAUUUUAACAAGGCUGAGCAAGUUGAUCCAAAUUUUUACAGUAAAAACUUAUUAAUGAUGGGUAAAACAUACAUGAAUUUAAAAAACGAGAAGCUGGCUAUGUUAUGGCUGACCAAAGCAAGAGAUUAUCCAGCACGUAAUGAAGAAGACAAGCAGGUUCAAAAAGAAGCUAUCGAAUUACUGAAAUUGAUCAGCAAACGACAUUGAGCACUGUCUCAAAACAAUCAGGUUAAUUAAUACCGGUUAACAUAUUUUUCAAUAUUAAAUGAAACAAAGUCAAUUGAUUUCCCAGAUUAAUAAAUUUAAAGGAUUUUUUAUUAAUGUUUAUAAUCAUAGAAGAAUUCUACAUGAAGUUGUACAGGCCUGACACAGAAUUAAGCAAAUAAAAAUGUUAAUGUCAUGUUCCUCCUGUGCAGUUAGUAACUCAAGCAAAAAGACAAAUAAAACUGCAAAGCUAUUCAA